CCGUGGGUCGAGAAGUAUCGGCCCAACACUCUGGAGGAAGUGGUCCAUCAAAGCCAUAUCAUAGCAAUGCUGUCCAAGUAUUUGACAAACGAUUGUUUCAAUGAAUUGCCGAAUCUUCUGCUGUUCGGUCCGCCGGGCACUGGAAAGACAUCGACGAUCAUAGCUCUGGCCAAACAGCUCUUCCAAACACAAUACAAGAAUCGCGUCUUAGAGUUGAACGCUUCCGAUGAGCGCGGAAUCGCUGUCAUUCGGGAAAAAGUCAAGUCCUUUGCGCAACAGUCGGUGUCUUCGGCCUCGAAGUCGAUUCCGGCCAUAAAACUGAUAAUUCUGGACGAAUGCGAUUCAAUGACACGCGACGCUCAGUCGGCUCUUAGGAGGACUAUGGAAACGGAGGCGAAGACCACUCGGUUUUGUUUGAUUUGCAAUUAUGUUUCGCGAAUCAUUGAGCCGUUGGUCUCCCGAUGCUCU